AUUUUUUUCUGAAAGAGUUGAAAGACAAACGGCUUGAAGAAAGUACUGAAAAAAAGAUGCCGAUCCCUGUGGAUACUGCGAAAUCUAUUUCGAAGAAGCGAAAGAGAAAGCACGGUGGAAAUGGAAAUGCUCGCGGAGCAAUCGACGAGAAUGCCUCCGAUGUCGAAGUUUCUGCGCCCAAGCUGGUGGGGGAGAAGGAUGGCGUGAGUGGGGAGAUGGCUUCUAAGAAGAAGAGUAAAAAGCAGAAGGAUAUUGAGCUUGCGAAGAAGGUUGUGACGGAGGAGGCUCAGAAGAAGCGGAAAGUGAGCCAUUCGUCUAAUGAGGAGGAGGAUGUGUCUAAGGAGAAUGGUGAUGAGGAAGAGGAGGAGGAGGAAGAGGAAGAGGCUGAUGAGGAAAUUGUGACAGACCUUCCCUCUGUAGAGGCUGUCAGUUUGCCGCAGACGGAUGGUGGCCCGAAGAAAUUCACCGAAUUGAAUCUGUCGGAAAAGACACUGCAGGGUAUCAAGGAGAUGGGAUUCGAGACAAUGACUGAAAUUCAGCAGCGGACGAUUCCCCCGCUUCUGGCUGGUCGUGAUGUGCUGGGAGCUGCGAAGACCGGAUCGGGCAAGACGCUGGCUUUCUUGAUCCCUGCCAUUGAGAUGCUCAGUGCGCUGCGGUUUAAGCCUCGAAAUGGUACCGGUGUCCUCGUGGUUUCUCCGACUCGUGAGCUGGCGCUGCAAAUUUUUGGAGUCGCUAGGGAACUUCUCAGCGCGCACAGCCAGACAUACGGUAUCGUUAUUGGAGGCGCAAAUCGACGCGCAGAGGCUGAGAAGCUGGCCAAGGGUGUCAACCUGCUCAUUGCUACACCCGGACGUUUGCUGGAUCACCUUCAGAACACCCCGGGCUUUGUGUUUAAGAACCUGAAGACGCUUGUCAUUGACGAGGCGGAUCGGAUUCUGGAAGUCGGUUUUGAGGAUGAAAUGCGCCAGAUCGUCAAGAUUCUGCCUUCGGAAGAGAGGCAGACGAUGCUGUUCUCCGCUACGCAAACCACCAAAGUCGAAGAUCUGGCCCGCAUAUCGCUCCGACCUGGACCUCUGUAUAUCAAUGUGGACCACAAGAAGGAACACAGUACCGUGGAAGGACUCGAGCAGGGUUACGUUAUUUGUGAGGCUGACAAGCGGUUCCUGCUGCUCUUCUCGUUCUUGAAGCGCAACCUCAAGAAGAAGAUCAUUGUUUUCUUCUCCAGCUGUAACUGCGUCAAGUACCACGCAGAACUCCUCAACUACAUUGAUUUACCCGUUCUGGAUUUGCAUGGAAAGCAGAAGCAGCAGAAGCGAACUAACACAUUUUUUGAAUUUUGCAACGCGAAACAAGGGGUCCUAAUCUGUACCGAUGUCGCCGCGCGAGGCUUGGAUAUCCCCGCCGUGGACUGGAUCAUCCAAUUCGACCCCCCAGAUGACACCCGCGACUACGUCCACCGUGUUGGUCGUACCGCCCGUGGUGUGAACGGCAAGGGCCGCAGUCUGAUGUUCCUGCAACCCUCCGAAGUCGGGUUCCUGAAGUACCUGAAAGAGGCCCGGGUGCCCGUCGUGGAGUUUGAGUUCCCAGCCUCGAAGAUUGUCAACGUCCAGUCCCAACUUGAGAAACUCAUCGGACAGAACUAUUACUUGAACAAGUCCGCCAAAGAAGGCUACCGCUCUUACCUCCAAGCCUAUGCCUCGCACUCGCUGCGGUCCGUGUUUGACGUCCACAAGCUCGAUCUCGUCAAGGUCGCCAAGGGAUUCGGAUUCUCGACCCCCCCCCGCAUCGACAUUCAGCUUGGAUCCAGUCUGAGCCGGGAUAAGAAGCAGCAGCAACAGGGACGACGGACCUACGGUAGCCAACCCAAGAAUAAUAAAGGGUUGAAGUUUAAGCGAAGGCACGAUGACGAUUAAUUGAUCUUCUCUGUAUCUUUUUGCGCUUGCUUAUAGGAAGGAAGAGGAAGAGGAGAGGAAGAAGGGAAACAACAAACAAAAAGGAUUUCCAGCGCUGCUGUGUGAAUUUGGCAUAAGGUCCCGGAGUUCAUUGUGUACGAUUGGGUUUCUUUCCAUAUUAUUCUAUUAUAUCAUCUUAGACUUGAAUCCCAGUAUGAUUU